AUAUUUCCAAAUGAAACGCAAAAAGGUUCAAUUAUUUUCGCUCGAGUUUUUUGCAUUUAUAUUAACGUGAAAAAUGGAUCUAUAGUUUGCCCCCAAGCAACCAACAAGCACGUCAGUGCCCCAACACACAAGGAAAUGAAAAUGUACACAAAAAAAUUUGCCACCAUGGCGUCCUCACAACAACAAGAACAACAUCAAUCGCAACAAAAAUCAGCGUUCAUCACAACUCUAGGAACGGAACUCAUCUAUACAGCAUCAAGUCUUGACAUACACUCAGAUCAAUCAUAUGAAUACAGCAUUAAUGACAAUGGAAAGUUUGGAUUUACCCAAGGAACUCUACUGGGAUCUGAAGAUGGAGCCAGCUUCGCCAACUUCGGCUGUGGCCAGCGAGCUCUUUUCGCUUAAUGAGCCCACAGUAUCCACCUACCUAUAUGACGAUAACUUUGCAAAUGGACUAACACUAAUGAGCGAUGAGGAGGUUGUUAACCUAACGGAAGCUGCUGCUUUGGGGCUGCUCAGCGAUGAGGAUUUGGUUGUGGAGUUUUUGGACCAGAAGGAUGAAGAGUGCCUGCUAGAUCAAAAGGCGCCCAGCUACAUCGAUUAUGAUAUCAACAGCUUUCAUUCCCACUUCGAUGUAACCUCUGCGGAUGGUCUUGUGUCCAUAACCAAAGUACAAAUUGCUGAUGGCGGCGCUGCCACUGAAUCUGCUGAGUUGCCACAGGCGGAUGCGUCAAUGAUAUUGCAACAAUUGACGCCGCCGCAGUCGCCACCACAAUUUGAUGGCUACCAGCAGCAGCAGCAGAAGGAAGAGCUAGUUAAUGAAGAACAAAAGCUGCUCUAUGCAACAGCAACAACAACAACAGCAGCAGCAGCCUACAACUUUAACAAUGGGAACAACUGGACAGCAGGCAGCGAAAUUGCACGCGAAAUGCAGCUGGUCGAUGAGAUUGUCAAUAUGCGAGCGCAGGAGAUGCAGCUGCCCACCAAUUGGCAGCAGUACAACGACAACGAUGAUUGCGACUCGCAGUCGUCUUCGUCUAUUGGCAGCUUAUGCGACAGCAGUGGGGCAGGCAGCAGCAUUGCGGAUGCGGAUGAGGAUGAAUGGAUGCCCGCAAGUAGCAGUAGCAGCAGCUGUGGCGGCGAGGAAAAGUCUGCAGCUUCAGCUGGUGCAAGCGGCAAGAAGCGCACGCGCACCUACGGACGUGGCGUUGAGGAUCGCAAGAUUAGAAAAAAGGAGCAGAACAAAAAUGCCGCCACACGCUAUCGCCAGAAGAAGAAAAUCGAAAUGGAAUCUGUGCUGGGCGAGGAGCAAGUGCUGCAGCAGCUGAACGACAAACUGCGCUGCACUUUGGCUGAGAAGCGCAGUGAGCGUCGCUAUCUGCGUCAGCUCAUACGCGAAUUCUAUCAAAGCCCCAAGCAAGCUUAAGCUCCCAAUGGAAGCAGCAGCAGCUGCUGUCUGCCCUCUGCCCACUUCAUCAACUCACAGCACUCAACUCAUUCUCUUAGUCUUAAACUAUUUGCAAAGUAAUUGUUAUUAUCACGUUGUUACUUCCCCCCUCCCCAACUAUCCAAAUAUUAAUUUUAAUUUCUGCACAGUUGUCCAAGCAUCAGUUUAAACAGCAGUCGGUUCUGUCCCCAACACAUUUGGCACCCAUGACAAGUGUCUGCCGGCGACGGCGACUUUGAAUUUACCUCUGCCAGUGCUGGGGCAAGAACAAACCAACAGCGUAGCAUGCCCCACAGGCCAAUGUGCCUAUUUCGAUACCCUGGCAUACAGUUAAGCCCUUACUGUCCAUUGUAUACACCCUGUGGGGCGGCUGCUGUCCAG